GCAGUGGUCAGUGAGAUCCCACAAACCAAACCAUUUGGUGGUGAACGUUGUGUUUAAUGAGCAACAUAUGCUUCAUGAAGCCCACUACACCAAAAAUGAAGACUCCUGUUUACCUUUCGAACAGGAGCCUCAACGCAAAAACUCCGACAGCGAGCGGCAGGGCGUAAAGUAUCUCUCCCACUCGAGGGUACUCCACACCAGGUGGUGGAUGCUCCAGAUCCGCCCAGGAAACAUUCUCGGGAAGCCAAAAUCUCUCGCUCCAAAACCAGGCUAAGAACGAGGAAGUCAUCGAGGGAGAGAAGAGCGCGCGGGUUGUAAGCUAGCAAAGGUGGCUACUAAAGUCGUAAAAGCUACGCUCCCACCUCCUUCCGUCUUCCUUCUUUCCUAAGGCUCCACACUGGCGCUAAGUAAGCAUUACCGCCGCUUUACUCCAGCGAGUAAACUGCACAAGACGCUAUGUUGACACGUAAAAGGCACCACCCACGGCAAACUUUCAAUGACGUUCUUGGCUCGUUGUCGCCCCGGGGAGCGGCCGCCCACAAGUCAAGUGGGGGGCCGGGAAGCUGCCACUCGCCCACUUAGCGCGUAGCGUAUUCACCUGGAGUUUGCUAACGCGUCUGUGGUACAAUAACUGUAUUUUGGAGUGAUUUGAGGAUACAACAAUGGAAGAGAAGAGUGAUCCUCUCAAUAACAUAUCACUGAUUAAAGAUGAUCUCAGCAGGUCAAAUAUGGGGUCUUCCAGUGAUUAUGAAAAAACUAUCCAGCGUUUGAAUGAUGAACUUAGGGAGGCACAGGAGCGGGCCAAUACGGAGAGGCACAAAUGCAUGGAGCUUGAAGGUGUCCUGAAUAAAGAGAGAAAAGAUAAUAAACAACAAGCUGAUGAAUCUGCAAAACAGAUCAAACUUCUUCAAGGUCAGGUACGGAAGCUCCAAGGUGAAAUAGACGUCUCUUCUAGUUUAUGCGAUGAGCUACAAAGUGCACAAGAUGAGGUGAAGUCACUGAAACACAACCUGGAGGCAGCCACCGUCGAGCGAGAUCGUGAGGUUGGCGCAAUCGAGUUUAACCUGGCAACCGUCUCCAAGGAUCUGGACAAAUGGCGUCAGACUGCCAGCAAAUACGAACGUAAGAUUGAGGACUUACAGCAGGAUCUCCAGCAGCAAGGCAAGCAGUGGCAGAAAACUGCAGAAAUACAAGCCAGCGAGCUACAGUCCAUGCAGGUGGAAUGUAAUGGCCUGCAGAAGGAGUGUUCCAUUCUGCGAUCUGAAAAACAGGAAAUAGUGAACAAGCAUCAGAAAGAAAAGGGCAGUCUGCAAAGUGAAUGCACAUCCCUCAGGGCAGAGAAAGAGGAACUGCUUAAAACCCAUCAGAAUGAGAAGGGCCACUUGCAGCAAGAAAGUGCAGCACUGCGUGCCAGAAACGAGGCAAUGCAGCAGAAACAACAACAGUUGGAGAAAGACCUUGUCAGUUCACAAGCCCAGAAUGCAGAGCUGAGCAACAGCGUUAAAGUUCUUCAGAGAUCUCAGCAGGAGCUGGAAAAGAAGUUAGAAGCGUUGGAGCGCCAGUACCAGCAGGAUAGUAGCCAACUGCAAACCCAACUGAGUGAGGCCAAUAGCUGCAGGGAGAUACUGCAGACAGAGUAUGAAGAGACCAAGGCUGAGCUCUCGGACCUAAAGGAAGAAUAUGAGAAGGUUGAGCAGGAGAAACAAUCACUUGCCAAUGAACUGGAGGAGUGCAAAGCCAACAUGAGCGAACUUCAAGAGAGAGGAACAACGACGUCCCUAAAGCUGCCUGUUCAAGCCAUAGUCAUCUGCCUUGUCCUGGCUUUGCUGUUAUGGUGCUUCGGCGCAUUGUGGUAGUAAGAAGCCGUGGAUGAUCUGGGGGCCUGUGGUGGCCGUGGCUCUAACAGCUGUGACUGCUGCUGCGCUCUUCAAGACCUGAGGACGGUACACGGCUCACACUUACACACUAACACGUGCGCACGCAGUGAAUCCUUCGUCGUCAUAAGAUUGAGACGCACACUGAAACUGACGAGCAUCACAAAUGCUAUUAUCUGCACUAAUUAAUUAGGAGAAGUCAUACGUAACACUGUUUUAAAUGUCUCGGAGCCUUCAUUUCAAAUGACAGAUCAUUAAAAAAAAGAAUGUUGUGUGUUGGUACAUGAGGGAAAUAUUUUCGGGCCCUUUUUUUUUGACUGAUAAGCCGUAGAGUGUCAAUUAAUGAAUGUAAAUGCUG